AGUAAAGUAGUUGAAAGCCGGUUGUAAGCUUCAGUUCACAUAGAAAAUCAAAUAGAACCAUGUAAAACUUAUACUGAGCCAACACUCAGCCAUUGGCCUUCACAGUCCCACAUUCACACACAUGUGGUAAACUUGGACAAACUUUUGACUGGAUACGAAUAUUAGCUGGUAACCAAAAGAAGGAUACUCACAAAGGACAGGAUAUGACUUACUUCACCCAGAAGCAGUACGCUGAGCAUAUACAACAGCAAAAUCGUAAUACCACACUCCAAAAGGAUGCAAAUAAGUCUCCAGAACCGGUAAAGGAACCUCCGCCCAGACCUUCCCAACCUCCCAAGUUACCGGCUAUUAAACGGACACCAAGUUAUGCCAGGCCGGAGAAUCGCGUCUUGCCGAGGGCUCGGCCGGAUGACAAGAAAAACUUGAGACCCGUCAGUCGAUCAAACUCCAACAGUGACGACUCAGCACAUCUUAAAGUGAAAUACUCACAGAAUUCAGAUGCUGAGAACUCGCUGGAGACAUCCAGAUUGAGUAAAUCUCUAGACGUACUCAAUGCCUCAGUGGAUAGCAACCAGAACAAUGUAUUUACCAGUGAUAAUGACACAACGCUUACUCGAAAGAAAAAGGCGCCACAAGCCCCGGGGAAUAACCUCGACAAGAGUGGUAAUAAAAAACGACGGGCACCUAAUACACCAGGUUCUAAGAACAUGGGACGUCAUUUGAGCGAGGAGAGCCUUGGGCCAGCGUUUUCCACGCACAGUGUAGAGGCACAAGUUCACAUGUUGCCUAGUGAACUAGAACCACCCGUGGAUUACACCGUCGCAAACAGAAAGAAAUCCGAACGUGUUUCUGUUACAACUCCACCUAAAAUGGUCACCAGUACGGGUACCGACACCCGAGACCGGCCAAAGACCUCAGUUGGCGUAGUGACUCCUACUAUUAAUACCAGUGUUAUAGCUGAGAGUGUCCCCCCGCGUGUUAAGUCAUCCAAUAGUAUUGCAAUACAGACAGUGGCGUCCUCUGGGACGCAAACAGAUUUGGACAGUGACGUCAGGACGGAUGAUGAUGACUGUUUCCCUCCGGGUUCUGGAAAUACAUCUGGUUUGGAAGAUUCAAUGAACACAAAUAAUCUUAAAAAGCUUCAACAUAGCAUUGCAAUAGAAACCACUGAUACAAUACGUAUCCCCAUCCCUCCACCACCAGCUCCCCCUAUUGGUGAACUCUUAUCAAACAUUGAAAAACAUGAGAAAUCUGAAUCCGAGAGUAGCGUCUUGGACCAGGCUCCAAAACUGGAUAACGAAUUAAAACAACAAAUUGUUCAAUCAGCGAGAAGAUUAUCCCAGAACCCAGACAGGAAGUUUACCGUAUCCAAAAAGAAGACGAAACAUCAAGUUUUCAAAGAUGAACUAAAAAAUGCUGUUAGUGAUCGGGAUGACCGAACUGCCAAAAAUGAAUUCAGACUUAAACCCAUCUCCCCUAAACCUCUGAAACUCACAGAAGAACAAAAACUUGUCGAGAGCCUCAAUGAAGCUGUGCAGAAACGCAAACACACUGAUAGCAAUCUGAAUCUUGCUACUGACGAUGAAAGUGACGAUGACGUUUAUAGCGUUGAAACUGUAACGCCGGACGCCAGUAGUAGUAUCCCGACAACGACCGGAGAUGAUAGCUCACCUAGGGAGAGUCAAUCUAAAGUUCCUGGCAACUUGGAACUCGAAACUGGAGAGAUAGAAACAAAAUCGAAAACUAAGAAGAGAAAUAACAGGGAAAUGCCAGGAAACUGGAAAACUUCACAAAAGAAACGCCAUAGUCGGAAUAUGGACGCAUGGGCACCAGCGGAAGAUUUGGGUGUUGAUGAUGAAAUGGAACAUCAGAGGAACGUUGAAGAGGACUCGGAUGUAGCAGCGUUUUAUCAGCAUCACGUCAAGCGUAAAAGUAAGAAAACAUGGAAAGAUUCUAAAAGUAAAAGAGGUAGUUCUCCCAACGGUGACCACAGAAAGUUUGACAGCAUAAGAAAGAUAAAGAAAUCAUUCAAAAAUGCAAUAGGGUCGAUUGGAAAAGCAGCCUCAAGAAAUUCAAAAAGACAAUCCGUUCAAGGCACAUUUGAUAAUGAGGCCGGAGUAUCACAACAGAACUGGUUCAUGGCACGAAGCGAUCCAGAUGAUACAGAUAGUGGAAACACCUCCAGCAAUCACCAUCACCAACGAACGAGUGACAGAAGAAAUCGCGGCCGGCAAGGUCGUAGCUCAAUCGCGCAGUCCAAUGGUACAGUGUACUACGCUGAUGACGGUCGUAUCGUUCUUGUACCUGAUGGGAAAGAACUUAUGUAUACAAAGGACGGGAGAGCCGUGAAAAUUAAUAGAAGUGAAAGAAGAAACAGAUCGCCAACUUCUAGGUCAAACCGAGCAGCAGAAGCAGAACGCACGCGCGAUAUGUCAAGGCAAUAUGAGCAAGAAAUGGACGAGAGGUACCGCAGGAUUCGCAAUUCUGAAAAGCAAAAACAAGAAGACUUCUACUGGAAAGCUAUCCAUGUGAAAACAUCCCGACCAAGUGCGUCGAGGUCUCCAGAGAGAAGCGCUUUCAGGGUGAAUAGAGAGCAGUCGAGAUACAAAGAACCUACAAGUGAUGUAAAACAUAUUUCUACCAGUGAGAUUAAUGGCUUCUUGGCGGAGCGAAUGGAGGAUGAUGGAAGGAAGAGAAGUGUUGUGAAAGGUAAACACGGUGCACAAUACUCCAGUGAAGAAGAUGAGAAAACCAACUUUCGAUCAAUCGUCGGUCCUGGUUACCACAUCCAUUCUCCCAGUACCAUAACAACCAAUCAGUCUCCCGUCGGCUAUCCCGGCUCCAGAGAAACCCCAGAUACAGGUGCCGGAGCAGCAUCGGCGGCGGGAGCAGGAGCCGCCGAGCCAUCGUCCCCUGUCGGUGCAUCUGGACCGUCGAGGAAGGAAUUGGUACUGGGACCUAUAGGAUAUAAACCUGUACACUUCAACCCAAAUGCAAGGACAACCUCUGUCUUCAAAGAGCUCAAAAAUGAAGUGGAGAAGAAACCUUCAGAAGAGGAUAUCUCAGUACUGUGA